AUGAGAUUUAAAAUAUCUGUGCAAGAAGAUAAUGGGCAUAAAAGAUUACUCACUUGUGUUGCAUGGAGUUCAACAGAAGAAAUUUAUUCUUGUGGGGAAGAUCAUUUAUUAAUAUGCUGGCAUUUAGAAGGUGGUAUUGCACAUUCCACCAUUGUGACCGAAUUUCCAAAUGAUUUUUACCCUACUGAUAUGCAAUGGCAUCCACGCCCCAACACUGAUAGUAUUGACAAGAAAUCUUCUUUAGAUAUAUUAUUAAUAACUACAGCCGAUGGAAAAUAUCACUUGGUUAAUAAAAAUGGUCGCAUUGAAAAAAGUAUUGAGGCCCAUAAAGGUGCUACUAUAAUAGGUAGAUGGAGUACCGAUGGUUCUGCAUUAUUAACAGCUGGAGAAGAUGGAUUAAUUAAGAUUUGGUCUCGCAACGGUAUGCUUCGAUCUACAUUGGUAAAAGCAAAUCUUCCUAUAUUAACAUCCAGCUGGAGUCCUGAUUGUUCAACGAUAUUGUAUUCCCAAGGUGGAAAUUUGCUUCUUCAGUCAUUUAACUCUAAUUCCAAACCGUAUAAGUGGCAUGCACAUGAUAAUCUCAUUCUAGUUGCUUGCUGGAAUCCAACAAAUGGGCUUAUAGUUUCAGGUGGUGAAGACUGUAAGUAUAAGGUAUGGGAUGCUACUGGUCAUCAAUUAUAUAGCAGUAAUGUGGGUGAUCAUCCUGUGACAGCAAUUAGCUGGUGUCAUUCUUCUGGCAGUUAUUUUGCUGUUGGGUCUUUCAAUACAAUCAAGCUUUGUGAUAAAAAUGGGUGGUCACAUUCCAUGGAAAAAGUAAACACUGGAAGCAUUUACAGUAUAGCUUGGUCCAGCGAUAGUACGCAAGUGGCUAUGGCAUGUAGUAAUGGAAAACUUUUAACUGGACACGUUAUAGAUAGGAGAUUAGAAUGGGAUAAUUAUGAAGCCACAUUGACAAGGAAAAAAGUAAUCGAGAUACGAGAAGUCGGCGACGAAGCUCGUGAAGUAUUAGAAAUUUCUGAUCGUGUUGUACACCUCGAAUUUGAUUUUGGUCAUUUAGUUGUCAUCACACCUGCUCAAUGCCAUGUAUAUUCUGUGACAAAUUGGAAUACACCAGCGAUAUUUAAUUUAAAAAGGAGUAUCAUCUCUACUGUUCUCCUUGCAGAAAAGCAUUUCUUAAUUGUGGAAUGGAAUACUGUAUCAUUAUAUAGUUACCAAGGCCGUUUAUUAGGUAGUCCAAGAUGGAAAGGUUUUUCUUCAGAACCACUUUAUCCUGCUUGCAUAUCAUUAUGUGCUGAUACUUUAGUUAUAAGGAAUCAAAACAAUGAAAAACUGCUUCAUAUCUUAGAAAUACCUUAUAACAAGCCGAUAGUAGAAAGUCAAUCAUAUCUACAUCUGCAUAACGUAACACAAGCGGCUUUAAAUUAUAUUGGUGACAUAAAAAAUCGACAAUUGGCAUUAAUAGAUGCCAAUAAAGAUUUAUUUUUAGUUGCAAUAAGGAUUACAGGUUUCGGAAGAAUAUGCAAAAUAGCUGCAAUGGCACAAAAUAUUGCAUGGGCAACUGACGCAAAUAUAUUAGCUGCAAUGUUGGAUGCGAAUCUAUCAGUAUGGCUGUGUCCUAAUUGUGUUCAUUAUAGUGAUCGCAAAGCAAUACGACGAACAAGACUUGAUAAAGAAAGCAGUGAAUUUGGAAAACAACCUAACAUUGUGAGUGUUCGUAAUGGUAUGGUUAUGGUGAGACGUGGAGAUGGUGCUAUUGUAGCUUCAUCUUUUUACAAUCUUUUCAUAAGUUUUUAUGAACACAUAUCGAAUAAAAAGUUGAAAGAAGCGCUGUCUCUUUGUCGUAUAGCUCAGAAUGAGGUACUAUGGUCUUGUAUGGCUGUCAUGGCAACUGAUAAUAGAGAACUGCAUGCUGCUGAAGAAGCUUAUGCUGCUAUUUGUAGAUUUGAUAAAGUAGAUUAUAUUAAAUAUAUUAAGAAUUUGUCUUCUGCGACGGAAAGACAUGCAGAAAUAGCGUUACUAGCAGGAGAUCUGUCAAUGGCCGAAGGUGUACUAUUACAAAAUGGUCUGAUUAAAGAGGCUAUACAUGUCAACAUUCAAAUUUAUAAUUGGAAUAGAGCUUUAGAAUUAGCAAGAAAAUAUAAAAAACAACUCGAGGAAGUUUUAAAAGCAAGAGCAAGAUAUUUGCAAAUUAUUAACAAGAAUGAAACCAAUCAUAGUUUCCUCACAUUUAUGGCAAACAUUUCGCCAUCACAAUUGAAUCAAGAAACUAAUGAAACAAAACUUAAUAUAAAAAAUGAUACUGAAUAAUGCAAAUAAAUCAAUGUUGAACAAAACAUAUCAAUUUCCAUAAUAUAAUAUGAAAAAUGAAAUACUUUAGUAUGCCUUACGUGGUGAAGGAGAGAAAAACAAA